AUGGUGGAGCAUAGAGGGAAUUUCUUCGAUGAAUAUCAAAUGGAAGGAGUAGCUGCAGAGCACAAUGAGAUCUAUUUAGAGUUGGUGCCUGAGAACCUGUCGAGAGCGUUAAAAACUGCCCAGAAUGCUAAGGCAGUGAAGAUCAAGUUGACUAACAAACACUGUCCCUGUCUGAGAGUUGCUGUGGAGCUACCAUCCUUAUCCAGCAGCAGUAGGAUUGUGACACAUGACAUUCCUGUGGGAGUUAUUCCCAGAAGAUUAUGGAAUGACUUCAGAGAGCCCAGUGUGCCAGACUUUGAUGUCAGUAUUUACCUACCAGCGCUGAAAACAAUGAAGAGUGUUGUGGAGAGAAUGAAGAAUCUCAGCAAUUCCCUUGUGAUUGAAGCAAACUUGAGUGGAGAAAUGAACUUGAAAAUAGAAACUGACUUAGUAUCCGUAACAACACAUUUUAAAGACUUGGGAAAUCCUCCUUGGGCAUCAGAGGAUGGGUGUCAAAGUUCUGCUCAAGACAGAGAUCUGGAAAGCAUGGCUGAGGCACGCAUAGACAUCAAGAAGCUGCAGCAGCUGCUUGCUGGGCAACAGGUCAAUCCCACAAAAGCAUUGUGCAAUAUUGUAAGUAAAAGAAUUGUCCACUUCAUCUUGCUCCAUGAGGAUGUUUCACUUCAGUAUUUUAUUCCAGCACUUGCCUGAGUGUUUUGGAAUCUCAAGUCAUUUUCCAACCUGAGAUCUUUUCCACAAAGUCUGAAAACGUCCAUGAGUUGCUGGAGUAUUCUCAUGAUGUUAGAAGCAGUUAUCGGAUGGACAUUAAUUUCAUAUUUAUGAAAUUAUUCAAAAGAUCUCCUCAUCCAGAAGGCCACUUUUGCAAAGAGUUAUGUGCUAAGAAAGACAUAAUGCUGGGGAGCUGGUGUAUCUGAGCAUUAUGGGGA